AUGGAAAAAGCUAUUAGGGAUCGAGUUGAAAAAUGGAAAAAAGAACACACAAUAGAUGGAAAGGAUGCAACUAAUGAACAUGCUUAUGAAAGUUUAAAUGAAUUAAUUUUAGAUGGGAAAAAGCUUACAAGCAUAAAAAAUGAAGAAAAAGAAUUAUUGAAAAAUUUUAAAAAUUUAGAAAGAUUAUGUUUAAAUCAAACCGGAAUACAGACCUUAGAAAAUAUCCCAUCAAUUGCUACCUUAAAUGUUUUGGAAUUAACAGAUAAUCAUUUAAGUUCUGUUGAAGUAUUAAAAUAUAUAGUACAGAAUUUUCCAAAUAUUAAAACCCUUGAAAUAGGUGGAAACCAUUUUAAAAAUAUAAAUGAUUUUGAAACUUUGAAAGAAUUAAAAAAUUUAGUUCGUUUAGGAGUACAAUUUAAUCCAUUUGCAGAUAAUCCAAAUUACCGAAAAGAAUUAUUUGAAUUUUUACCAAAUGUCAAAAUUAUCGAUUGUUAUAAUAAAGAAGGUAUGGAAGUUUUAAGUUCAGAUGAAGAAGAAGAAGAAGAAUAUGAAGAAGAUAAUACUUUAAAAAAUUUCUAUGAAGCUGACUUUAAAGAUGAAGAUGAUGAAGAUGAAGAAUUUGUACCCAAUGAUAAUGAAGAUGAUGACGAAGAUGAUGAAUUAGAUGAUGAUUUAGAAGAUGAAGAUAUGGAGGAUCUUGAUAAAGAAGAUUUAGAUAAAGAGGAUUAUGAUAUAGAUACUAAAGAAACAGAAGGUGUAAACAAAGAUGAAAAGUCAAAUAAAAGAAAACAAGACGCUCUUGAUAAUACGAAUGAUAUGGACCUAAAAAAAACCAAACUUGAAUGA